AGUAAUUCCAGAAACUAUCACAACACAAAGGUCAGUAAGUUCACGUGUUGUUGGCUUUCCAGGUUUGGUUUGGAUUUUUUUCAACCAGUCAAACCAAGAAUGCCUGGUAUACUUGCUGUGUCCUGUGGCACAUGCUUUACGUGCUUUUUACUGCACAUUUUCCACCAGUUGCUUCUUUGAAGAUUAAGGCUGGUGUUUGGGGAAUAUUGAAAAAGAUACAAUUGUACUUAAUAAAGAAACUGGUGCCACAUUUGGAUGACAGAAGGAAUUAUCAUCAGGAGUUUGCCUCAUCCACUUCAUUUCAUGGAGUGCAUAAUAUUGUUCAAACACAGAGCAAGACUCGCAAAGUGCUGUGGCUGUUUGUAGUCAUGGGCUGUUUUGCCAUUGCUAUAUGGCAAAUCUGCAGCCGCUUCAUCUACUACUUCACCUGGCCAACCACAACUACAAUGGUAGUUCAGUAUGUGGAAAAUGUCCAAUUCCCUGCUGUGACUUUCUGCAACUUGAACAGGUUCCAAGCUCAUGCAGUAAGCAACCUCAAGAUAAUUUUUUUCAUUUGGACCAUUGUGUCUGGAGUACUCCACAAUUUUUCUAUGGAAAAUAAAUAUUCUCAAGAGCUCAAUGAUUUUCUUCUUGGGAACCAGAAUUUCAGCAUCAAAGAGUUUACAAAGAAAAAUGGGUUUUAUCUGAACAACAGCACAUUGCUAGAAUGUGACUUUUUUGGAAAGCCAUGUUACCCGCAGGAUUUUGAACAUGUUUUCACUGAAUAUGGAAACUGCUUUACUUUUAAUCACAAUGAUCUUGCAGCAAGAAGAGUGAGUGUGUCUGGAAGAGGCUUACAUUUGCUUUUUGAUGUCCAACAGGAACAAUUCACCGAUGAACCUUCUCUUGGUUAUACUGAUGCUGGGGUAACUUUUGAUAUCCAUUCACCCAGAGAGCUUCCACACUUUGAUGGUUUAGGUUUACUAACACCAGUUGGAAUGCAUGCACAGGUUGCAAUCCGCCAGCUGAAGUCAAUUAUCCAAGAAUACCCAUGGGGAGAGUGCAAGCCUGAUAAAAAGCUUCGCUACCACAGGAUUUAUAGUACUAAUGGAUGUUUGCAGGAAUGCAAAGCCCAGUACAUACAGGACUGGUGUGGCUGCUUGCCAUUCAUUCUUCCAGGAAAUGGAACAGAAUGUGAUUUGCUGAAGUAUUACAAUUGUGUUUAUCCGGCAGUCUAUGAUAUAGAGAUGAAAGGAUUAUGUACAGUAGGAACCCACAAUUCCACUUGCCCUGCCCCAUGUGAAGAAACAGAUUAUCCUACUACUGUCACAUAUUCAAGUUUUGGAGGAGAAAACGCUAUAAAAUACUAUUCUGCAAAACUGAAGAAAAACCCAGAAUACAUCAGGCAGAACCUUGUGAGUAUUGACAUUAAAUAUAGUGAUCUGAGCUACAAAAUAACUCAGCAGCAGAAGGCCUUGACUAUAUCCGAGUUGCUUGCUGAUGUAGGUGGCCAGCUUGGAUUGUUUUGUGGUGCCAGUAUGAUUACAAUCAUAGAACUGCUCGAGUACAUUUUUACUAACUUCUGCUGGAUGUGCAUCUUUCUUCUAUUGAAAGCUCCUGAAAUGCCUCAAUGGAACAACCCAUCCCACAACCACCCAACAUACAAGGAAAAAAAGAAAGGAAUACAAGAAUGUUAGUGUCUUGUAGAAGCACAGAAUUGUUUCUGCCACUUCUCUUCCUGUCUAAGACACAAACAAAACAGUAAUAUUUUGCAUUGCUCCCUUCCCUGCACUUCUUAUUCUUCCUACUUUUUAUUACCUGGAACUAUUUAACUGUGCUAAGAGUGAACUUUGGAAAGUCUCACUUUCUUUCUCAUGUAAAGAAAAACAGAAUUUUUGCCUAAAAUUUUAAGGAAUUACCAAUUUUUUAAAAUAACAGA